UAAUACGUGUGGAUAAGAAUCGCCAAAUGGAACCACAACACAAACCCAUUACCCACUAAACGACACCAACUUCGAUUUCUUCUGAUUCUAGUGCUGCAUGUACAAGUCUCAGCCAACCAUGCACAGCAAAACCUCUCUCUCUUCCUCCACUACUGGAGAGGAUCAACCCAGAAAGGGAUAAAUUCUUUGGGCAUCUGGGUAUUGUGUGGUUGCGUUUAAUUUGAACCCAAUAUUAAGGGAAGAAAGUGGUUAACUAAGAGAGUGGUAGGCCAGAAAAGAUAUCAGAAGAAUUUGGCUCAGAGAGUUGCAUAUUGAGAUUAUGGGCAAGCGUCAAGAUGGAAGAAUCACAAAUAGAAAGCUGGUUAAGGCAUCAGCAGUUUUGGAACAUUUGCCAAAGGAGGACAAGUUUCAGUUAAUUUCAUCCUCUGCAGAUUCACAGGUUCAAUCUGGCUGCCCUGUCUGCUUGGGCAAUAACAGUUGCCGAACAGUGCGAGCAAGAACAAAGCUGAUGAACAUUUUGAUUGAGAGAAGAAAGCCUCGUGAAGCGCAAUUAAUUUUCAACGGUUUAAUGGAAGACGGACACAGGCCGACUCUUAUAACCUACACAGCUCUUGUAUCUGCCUUGACUCAGCAGAAACAUUUCAAGUCCAUUCUUUUACUCAUCUCUCAAGUGGAAGAAAAUGGCAUGAAGCCUGAUUCCAUACUCUUCAAUGCCAUGAUUAAUGCCUUCUCUGAAUCUGGAAAUGUGAAAGAAGCCAUGAAAAUCUUUCUGAAAAUGAAGGAUAGUGGAUGUAAGCCAACAGCUAGCACAUUUAAUACGCUCAUUAAAGGAUAUGGGAAUGCCGGUAAGCCUGAAGAAGCUUUGAAAUUAUUAGAUUUAAUGUCAGCAGAUGAAAAUGUGAAGCCAAAUGAUAGAACAUACAAUAUUCUAGUUAGAGCCUGGUGCAACAAGAAGAAUAUAAAGGAAGCAUGGUAUGUUGUGUACAAGAUGAUGGCGUCUGGCGUGCAACCGGACGUUGUCACGUACAAUAUACUCGCGAGGGCGUAUGCUCAGAUGGAGGAGACAAGUAAGGCUGAAGAAAUGCUAUUAGAAAUGGAGAAGAAGAGAGUGGCGCCCAACGAGCGUACGUGUGGUAUCAUUGUUAAUGGCUAUUGCAAAGAAGGUAAUAUGAUAGAGGCCUUGAGGUUUGUUUACAGAAUGAAGGAGCUUGGAGUGCAUCCUAACCUUGUUGUUUUCAAUUCUCUUAUCAAAGGAUUUCUUGACAUCACAGAUACAGAUGGUGUUGAUGAGGCAUUGACUUUGAUGGAAGAAUAUGGGGUCAAGCCAGAUGUUAUAACAUUCAGCACAAUCAUGAAUGCUUGGAGCUCAGCCGGGCUCAUGGACAAAUGCCAAGAGAUCUUCAAUGACAUGGUGAAGGCUCGAAUAGAACCUGACAUCCAUGCAUUUAGCAUUCUUGCCAAAGGAUAUGUUCGUGCUGGAGAACCUCAGAAGGCCGAGUCGGUCCUGACUUCCAUGGCCAAAUCUGGUGUCCUCCCAAAUGUUGUCAUUUGCACCACCAUUAUCAGUGGAUGGUGCAGUGCUGGAAAAAUGGAGAAAGCAAUUAUGGUUUAUGAGAAAAUGUGUGAAAUUGGAAUUUCCCCGAAUUUGAAAACUUUUGAAACCCUGAUAUGGGGUUAUGCAGAAGCAAGGCAACCAGGGAAAGCAGAAGAGUUGCUGCAAGUUAUGGCAGAAAAGGGUGUCUUUCCUGAGAAGAGCACCAUCCAGCUUGUUGCAGAUGCAUGGUAUGCCAUCGGUCUGGUAAGCGAAGCAAAGAGAAUCAUAAACAAUGAAGAAAAGGAUCAAGAAGUUACUGCAGACAGUAAAAAGGGUGACAUCCCAGUGGAGAGCUUGGAGAGGAUUUAUAAAGAUGAAAAUCUUAGUGCUCCUUAUUCGAAGAUCUUGCAGAUGCCUGGAGAAGUUAUAAACAAAAAGAAUGGCUCACCGGCUGUUAAAAUUAGAAGCCAAAUGAUUCUUAGGAACUCUAGGUCUUCAUUUGAAAAUUUUUGGACCAGCAGUAACUCCAUGUUCCUGAACCAUGUGCGUGUGUAUGGGAUGCAACCACCAAUUCUAUGCAGGAAGCAGCUGCAGCUGCGGCAGCAAAAUUAUUGUGUAGGAAUAUGUGGUAAGUUUCUAAAUUCAUGUAGAAUCAUACCCAUAAAUUGACAAGGAAAUGUUGGUUGCUGCUGCCUUGGCAUGAAAAGGAAUUUUCAGUAAGUGCUGAUGCUUCUAGUUGUAGAUGCUGUAAUUGUCAUAUUCUACACAUACUUCAAAUUCAAUUGGCAACAUUGUUAUAGGCCAUUACGUUUUUAAUGUAAUGUCGAAUAUUCAGUAUACAUGUAACUAAUGUCGAUUCAUCUGUGAAAGUAAUGAAAUUGACUUUAUUUAUA